UUCUAAGACGUUUCGCGCGGAACUGCUGUCAGUCGACACUCGCGGCCGCCGCACAGUGCUCCGGCAGACCCGACCGAGCCCGCAGCGUCGCAAUGCGCUUACUACUCGUGUUACCCGCACUUCUCGCGCUUACCCACGAUGUUCAUUCUGCGCGUAUUUUAAGCCUUUUUCCCCACACGGGCAAAAGUCAUCAAAUGGUGUUCGAACCUUUACUACGAAGACUCGCAGAAAGAGGUCAUCAUGUAACUGUGGUCUCGUUCUUCCCCAUUAAAAACGCACCGGCAAACUACACCGAUGUCAGCCUGCAAGGCCUCGCACAUUUGGGCUUGGAAGUGAUUGAUUUAUCGAUUUACGAGCACCCCAGCAAAUUACUUCGUAUGAUGGGAUUGGAAAAAAUAGUCAAGCAAAUUACCGAAUUUCAACCGCUGGCUGAUAUGGCGCUAAGCGUGUGUUCGAAGUUGGUUAACUUCCAACCUUUGGCGGACGCUUUGAAGAAAGAAUACGAUCUAAUAAUAAUGGAGAACUUUAAUAGUGACUGUAUGCUUGGGCUGGCUCACGUGUAUGGCCAAAAAGCACCAUUUAUAUAUUUAUCUUCAUGUGGAUUAAUGCAGUGGACUUCAGGUCGUUUGGGUCUCAGCGACAACCCGUCCUAUGUGCCUAUCGUCAGUUCUGAUUUUGCAAAUCCCAUGUCCUUUUUCCAGAGACUUGAGAACACAUUCCUGAACAUAUAUUACAAAUUGUGGUUCCGUUAUAUGAUACAGUUGAAGGAGAAAGAAAUAAUUGAGAAACAUUUUGGAAAGAAGAUCCCUGACCUUCAAGACCUAUCGAAGAACGUGUCAGCAGUGUUGGUUAAUGUGUAUCAUAGUUUGUAUGGUGUCAAACCGUUACUACCAGGCGUUAUAGAAGUGGGAGGAAUGCAUUUAGAUCACACCAGGAAGCCUAUACCACACUACAUCGAAAGAUUCAUGAAUGAAUCAGAACACGGCGUCGUGCUCCUGAGCUUCGGAUCGUUGAUUAAAACUGCCACCAUACCGAAACAUAAGGAAGAAAUGAUUGUGCGCACUCUGUCGAAAAUAAAACAGAGAGUUAUAUGGAAGUACGAGGAUAGCGGCGAAGAAGGGACUAUCACUGGCAAUAUCCUGAGGGUCCGAUGGUUGCCUCAGUAUGAGUUGUUACGUAAGUUCAUGCUUAAUGUUUAAGUAUUAGUUAGUAAC